AUGUCGAAAGUGUUUGAGGUGCCAGGUGUGGCUGUUGAGGACGUCUUUGCUGAGGGGAGAGGAGCAGACUUCCACAUCCCCCCACAAACACUGACUCAGCAGGACAGGGACAGGUACUGUGGCAGCACCUACCUGGGACUCCUGCCCAGCCAGCUCAACAACCUAGCCGGCGUAUGUGACGCUGACGGCCAAGUUGGAAACACCUGCUACGCUCUCUUCAACGAGCUGAAGACCUACCAGGAAGCCAAACGGUCCUGCAGGAACAAGGGAGGGGCACUGGCACUGGCAGACAGGGAUACCAUCCAGGCCUUCAAAAACCAGCUCAGUUCGUACCUGCAAAGUCGUUGGCUACAGUGGGAGUACUGGAUCGGGGUGGACAACCUCAACGGCACGCUAGAAUUUGUCGAGUGGGAUGACGCGACGACCGCGGUCGAUGAGGGCGUCAACGAUGGCUGGCACGACAGCGGUUGGGGAAAUGACAGCUCCGUUCAGCCAACAUGCGUGAGCCUGGUGUCCUCCUGGCACACCUACGUGUGGAAAGCGACCGACUGCACACGCCGCGCUGCCUACAUGUGCCAGUUUGAUACCGGUGGCAGUGAUGGAGGUUCUGAUAGAGCUGCUUCCAAACCUGUCAUCCUACAGUGCAACGGGGAUUACUUGGCCAUCUACGAUGGGUCCGGGGUGGUCAGCCUCGGGACCAAUCAGGAGUUCCUGUACGGUGACAUUGAAGCGAACGUCACGCUGGACCUGCGCAUCAGGAACAUGCACGCUGAUGACCUCCCGUCCACCGCGCCCGGCAGCGAGAACUUCAGGAUCGAGGUGUGGGUGGCCGAGACGGCCGAUCCACUGUCUGACUCCAACACCAUGGUAGAGGUCACCAAGGAAGUGCACUAUCCGCCCGAGGCGUACCAUCCCCUGGUGGCCGGCGACUCGGUCUGGCUGCGUAACGUGAUCGUGACGGUGGACGCUGACAAGCUGACGGGGGCCGUGGCACGCGACGUCGGCUCCGGCAGGCCCGCCAACUUCCUGGUGGUGAAGCUGAUCGCGGGAAACAACGUCAACGAGGAAGUCAUCGGGAACAACUUUGUGGCGCAUAAUCUGACAGGGAAGAUAGUGCCCAUGACUCGGCCAGUUGAGAACAUAGACCUGGAAGUGCUGUCCUUCUGUAUCACUGACAUCAUCAGAUGUGACACCCAGUCUGCUGUCUCCAUCCUGGCCCACAUCAGGGCAAAGGUCAACGACCCCAACGCACUCAAACUCACCUCCUACGGUCUGGACAAGUCCUACGCCGUCAACGUCUACCUGUCCUUCGACGACGUCUACGACCCAUCGGAGGAUCUUGACUCUAGGCUGACUACAGCUGCACUGGGAGUGCCUGCUGAAUAUGGGCAAGAGGCCAUACAUUCUAUUGACCAGCAGAUGACCAUGCAGAUCCCUUCAGACCCGCGGUACUGUUCUCGCCUGUGGGCCAUCAUGACGGUUCACAUGGUGGAGGUUGUGGACCUGACUGUGCGACAGGAGCCACUGCUCUACAACAACUACGUAGCCUACCCAGUGGUUGUGCAGUGCAUCUCACAAGAUGUCUACGGCAUCAGUAACCUCGUCCUCAGUGCAACAACCAUCUACCAGGACGUGGCCACGCCCGUGACCUUGACCUUUGACCUGGCUUGCACCCAAGUGGACUGCAGUAUCCCCCUGCCCACCGAUGUCCAGGACACCAACUAUAACAUCUAUAUCUACGCAGAGAACACCACUGAUCUGACCAGACCUUUCAAAAGGUCCCUCCUCCAGAGGAUCGACUCCACAGAUUGGUCAGGAGAAGGGGGAGGGUCUUGACACCCAGUCUUCAAGAGGACUUUGUGUC